UGCAAAAACAGGACAGAAGGGGAGUGUGGGAUUCUCAGGCAGCCAGCCACAGGCAUCUGUCUCAAAGGCAUUUGAGACCUUUUUUUUCUUGGAUUGCAUCUGUUUCUCUUUUUGCAGAGAGGGAGGACUUAAGUGGGGGAAAGGAAGGUGACUUUCUACCUGUAGAUGUUUCCCACUGAAGUAGGGGAGCUGCUAGGCUCACAGGGCAUGGAGUUCUGGACCAGUCCUGCCUCCUAUGAUGAAGUCAAUGGGAAUACUGAGCUGGAUGAUAACACAGAUUUGAUCUCCCAGGAGCUGGAAGAGGUACUUUGCUCUGAGCGGGUUGGAAGGAUCACAAAGACUUACCAUGAUAUAGAUGCAGUUACCAGCCUGCUGGAAGAGAAGGAGCAUGAUCUUGAGUUAGCAGCCCGCAUUGGCCAGUCAUUGCUGAAGCAGAACCGGAGUCUGUCAGAACGCAAUGAACUCUUAGAAGAGCAGCUUGAACUGGCAAAAGAGGAGAUAGCGCAGUUGCGACAUGAAAUAUCAAUGCGGGAUGAUCUUCUGCAUCUGUACACCAACAGCACUGAGGAGAGUGAGCCGGUCUCCACUAUCUCCACCCCGUUACGAAGAAAUGAAUCUGCCCUCUCUUUGCAGCAAUCUUUCCAAUAUGAUGCCCUUCAGCAGAAGCUCAAAGGGUUGGAGGAAGAGAACCAGAAACUGCGUACAGAGGUUACCAACAUUGCCACAGAAACCUGUCAGUAUGAGGAGCAGGAGCAGAAACUGAUGAUCGACUGUGUAGAGCAAUUCUCUGAUGCCAGCCGGGAGGUUGUCAUGCUCUCUGAAGAGCUUGCCCGUAAGACAGAGGAUACGUCCCGACAGCAGGAGGAGAUCAGCCAGCUCCUGGCUCAGAUUGUGGACCUGCAGCAGAAAUGCCGCACUUACGGUUCUGAAGUAGAGGAGCUGCAGCAACAUCUCACUGCUGCAAAGGAAGUCCAACAGCAACUACGUGGAGAGCUCCAGGACUUGCAAGAGAAGUAUGCAGAGUGUGGAGCAAUGUUGCAAGAAGCCCAGGAGGAGAUUAAAAACCUCCGGAACCGCAGCCUCCCCAACAGCACCAUCCACCGCCACAGCAACCCCACUUUCUUACCUCUGGAUUCUUUGGCUGCAGAGAUCAAGGGCACAAUGAGAAAAGGGAUGGACAGCUCUGGUUCUUCAGAAUACAAGGGCUUCCGGCGAGUCUUUGAGACAGUGAAGGCCGUGAAGCAAGCUGUGAAAGCCAAAUCACGGGCGGAGUCACCACUAAGUCUUCCUGCAGGCUCUCCUAAACCAUCAUCACUCGGCUGCAGCCGCUUCAGCACCCCUCGGAACAGCUACUAUGGAUCAGACAGCCCCAAUGUGGGAGGGCUGGAAGGACAGGAUGGUCCAGCACCUGAAAGUCUAGUUGAUGCCCACCGGGGUGAAGUUGGUACACCAGGGACACCUGGCCGGCAUGACUUGGAAGCUGCUCUCCAGUGCUUAUCUGCUCGCCAGGAAAAGCACAGCACUGAUCGUUCAUUCUUUGAGGUGGAGCGUGAACGCAAGCUGAGGCGGCUGGCUCGGGAUGCGGAGGACUCCAGUGGGUUUCUCACACCCAAUGAGAGCAUCACCUCCACUGGCACCAACUAUUCAGGCAGCUCUGGUGGAUCUGGCUUCUCUUUGGGCUCUUUCUCUUACUUCCCUGAUAAGCUUCAAAUCAUCAAGCCUCUGGAAGGCUCUAUGACCCUCCAUCACUGGCAGCAGUUAGCCCGGCCUCACCUGGCAGGAAUCCUGGACCCUCGGCCUGGCGUGCUUACCAAAGAUUUUCGGCAGCUUGACACAGACCUGGAGGAGGUCUACAGCCUUAAUGACCUGGAGGAAGAUGAUGUGGAUGUGAGCACCUUCUCUGCUCUUGCUACCUCGACACCUGCCAAAGCCAAGGAAAGGCCCAGUGUCUUUCAAUCCGUUAACAAUCUGCCCCAGACCCCGCCUACUUUCACCAUCACCACCUGUUGCAUCUUGCAUCCUAGCAACGAGGUCACCAUGGUGACACCCAGUCUUUAUAAUACAGUUGUGCCCUCUUGUGGGCCCUGUGAGGGGCUGAGCCCCCCUCUCCCUCCCCAACUCCCCCUGCAGGAACAGCACAGCCAGGAGGAGGACAAAGAGGGGCAGCAACGGUGGCAGCAGUUGGCUUAUUCCCCUCUUGGACUGGUUUCUCUAUUGACAGCACGAGGCAUUUCUGCAUGGGGCAGAGCAGAGGGAGCCUUGCCCCACUUUGCUGGAGGCUUGAAUGCCCCUUACUGGCUAUCUCCUUCCUUGGCACCCUUGUGGCGCUGCCGUUGGGACGGCUUGGCGGAGUGGGCCUUAGGGGCACGUCAGUUGCAGCGGAGGAAACCUGAAAAGGGCCGGAACAGUAUCUUCAGCUUGAACCUGGUGGAGAAACUGCAGCGGCUGGGGCUGGACAAGGUGGUGGCAAGAGGGGAAGCCACCUAUGUGACCUCUCAGCUGCAGGGGCUUCACCAGAGGAAGAGGUGCCUCUCCUGACUCCACAGGCUCCGUUGCAUUCCAGUGGCAAGGCACCAGUGAGAAGGAUGGAGAUCCACCUGAGCUGCUUCCUGAACAGUUGGACAAAGCCAACCAUGUGGCUGAAGCCCUGGACUACUGUUUUUGGGGGACACUGGGGAGUGGGGUGGUACCUGUGAUGAUAUCUUCUCUCCCACCUCCUGUGGAUGAGGAUAGGGAGGGAGUCUUCAUGUUGAUGUUUGCAUGCCAAACCUACAAAUACAUUUUCAUGGCCUCCUUUUAUCCCUCCAUCCAAAGAUCCCUGGGAGUUCUGGUUUUGUGAUCCAAGGCAUACUUCCCCGCCACACCCCUGAAAUAAGUUUGAAGCAUUUUUCCAAAACUACAUUUUCCAGACUUCCUUGGAAAGGCUUGGCCAGAGCAGAAGGAGGAAGAUAAGAUUGUGAAACCACAUUUUGAAACUGAUACCUUGAGUGAUUUCCCCCCACCCUAUCCUUUGGGAUGUCUUCUUCUUACAUAAUACAUCUGAGACAGGUGAUAAUGUGACUGCAGAGGAAGGGGAAGAUGCAAACUCAGUUGUCCCACAACCUGGUGGCAAGGAGUAAACUGAACUUUGGAACCCCCUGCUUGAGUGUAGGUUAGCAUGAAGACCAAGAAGCAUAAGUUGUUUUAAGUUCACACAGGUUCAUAAUUUAGGAAACCAGGCCUUCACCCUUUAUAUUCAUUACAUCUUUUGUUAAAUCCCAUAAGAAAUGUACUCUUGUUCAGGAAAGCCUCAUUAUGGGUGUGUGUGCAUGUGCAUAGAGUUUGGUCUCUUGCAAUUAAAAGACUAGUGAGAUAGGCAGGAUUUGGGUAGGAGAAUGAUUUCAUGUGAAUGAUAGUGGAGAGGAUGGUUUUUAUCCAUUAUAGUUUUCUUAGCCUUUUGGCAAAUACAAUAGAUGUCUUCUGUUCAGGGCAAGGUCUUCAAAGAUGCCAUGUUCAAUUUUUUUUUAGAAAAGCAGACCAAGUAGGCUGCCUGGGCUCUGUUAGAGUCCAUAUGACACUUUUCAACCAAAUUAGAGUCCUUUCCUUUCUCUCAUGGUAAGUGACCAAGAAUUGGAUUCACUCCAGAUCAGAAGAAUCUUCUUUCAUGAAGUGUAAUUCUUCCCCUCUAUUCUGCUUGAGAAUUUUCCUGCACUUUAUUCCUACCCUUGUUUACCUGUACCUGAAUCUGUGUUUCUCCUACACUGAAGGUACCCUUAAGUCAGAGCUUAGAAAAAUUAUUAUUUGGAAGGUGGGGACUAUAUUUCCCAAAACCUCCUAAUGGCCAUGUGGCCUUGCUGGCUGGGGUAGCCUAGGGACUGUAAUCUAAAUAUUAACCAGCAACAACCAUCACCCCAAGGUAAGAUCUGGCUCUAGGCUAUGUUCUUCCCAACCGUUUUCUACUAUCGGUUUUCACGCUCUCAGACUUUGGGACCAAAUGGAUGACUGGCUCCUAGGGAUGUUCAGUUUUCCAUAUGAAAGGAUGCCUGCAUUUUUCAUUUAUAAAUGUUAAAUUAAAAUAUUGCUCCCUACUCCCCAUGGGCAUGCUUGGAUCUCCACUCCUCACAUGCUUGUGUAUGUGUGUAGCACAAAUAGUCAUUUGCACACCUGCUCCCCAAGCCAGGCCCCUAUUCUUCUUUGGAUCACCAAUGUUGGCACUCCCAUAUUCAUGUUCUCUUCCUGUGUCUGCUUUGGUGGAAAUAAACAGUGGUGUUGCUGUUGC